CCCUUUCCGCAGCCGUCGUGUGAGGGAAGGGGCCGCCAUGAAGUGUGUCAUUGCCGGGGCGCACCUCAGAGUGUUCGGAAGAGCGAUUCACGCCAUAGCACGGAUUAGCGAUGAGUUUUGGUUUGACCCCUUAGAGAAAGGUGUACCCUCCCAUCUGAGCCCCUCCACUUUCAAUAUGGACAAAUGCCAUAUUAUCUGUAAUUACAAUUAUACAGAUUGCAUCAUGGAAGGGCCAUUCCCACUGUCCCUGCUGUUCCAUUCUUUGUUACCUGAGCUUCUCCGGGACAUCUGGAUUAAUACCAUGGGUCAGAAGCUUGCCUUGAGAUCAGUGAAUUCUUCAAGGUCUGCAUAUGCAUAUGUGUUCUUCUCAUCUACGUUUUUUCAACACUACUGCUGGGCAGCUGUGCCUCAGCCACAUCAGAAGGAAAAGCAGUUAUCCCCCCCUUGUAAAUUGAUAAUCAAGUCAGUUCUUCCCAUAUUUAGAUCCGUAAAUACGCUGGAAAGGAAUGUAGAGAAAUGCAGCAUUUAUAGAAAUAUUAAUGAUCAUCACGUAACUUUUAAGCUCCUCUGCAAACAUGGUGUUGUGAAAACAUACAACCUGACAUUUCAAGAAUGUGAUCCGCUGCAGGCUGUUUUUGCAAAGCAUAUGUGUCCCAACGUACUUAAACUCCCCUCCAGGCUGCUGGCUGAUAUCCUGGUUCACUUCCCCACCAGUCAAGAAGAAGUAACUUUAUCAGUUACACCAAUGAAAGUUUGUUUUAAGAGUUACACCGAGGAGGACACUGAUUUCUCAAAGACAAUGCUUACUGAAAUACAGCUGAAUCCAGAUGAAUUUGACUACUUCCAGGUUGGAGUUGAUUCUGAAGUGACGUUUUGCCUUAAAGAAUUGAGGGGACUCCUGGCGUUUUCAGAAGUCACCAGUGUUCCUGUCUCCAUCCAUUUUGACAUCUCUGGAAAACCAGUUGCUUUCAGCAUUGAAGAUCUGGUGCUGGAAGCCAGCUUUAUCUUGGCUACCUUAUCUGACGUUGACAAGAAGACUUCCCAGCAGCCACCACCCAGCUUUACACCACAGCAGGAAAGCUCGGAGACACAUACAGGGAAAGCUGAAAAAGCCUCCAUGGAUAAAGACAGCAGCACGCAGGCAAAUGCUUCCAAAAAGCCACAGAGGGGUGAGAACACCCCGAGCACGGAGCUGGCAAAACCUGGGAGUCCUUUGGUAAAGCAGAUUAAAGUCAGUCCUGGAGCCACAGAGGGAGAUGUACCAGGGGUAGGAGCAACAACCACAGCCCAUGGAGCGCUGGCAGGAGAGGCAGCAGAGGCUCACUAUGACAAGGUGAGGAGACAGCCAGUUGUAUUCAGGGUGGAACACCUCAGCUGGUGUUCAGGUACAUGUAGCCUGGGGGUUACUACAUGUAACUACAUUCAAUUCUGCCUGUGGCCUUUCAAUGGAAGCAGCUCCCACAGCAGCAGAGCUGACAAAAACCACCACCACCACGUUUAAUACUGGGAAUACUCACAGGUGACAGGUCUGGUUUACCUGGAACCCCUGUAGACUAAUAAGGAUCUUGAAGUAGCAAAAGCUUCAGAAAUAAUUAA